AUGCAAUCGAGAUUCGUUAACAGAAUUGAAAAUCCAUAUGCCAGAAAUGCAGCACCAACAAAACUCAAUCCUGCUAGGAACAGGACGCCCCUUGGUGCCAUUAAGAAUACUGAAAGAGAAAGAGAUACUAAUGCUCAAAGUGCAUUUACAUUCAAACGAACCCAAAAUCUACGAUCUUUUGAAGAAACCCCCGAAAAAAUGUUUUUACAGAAUCCAGAACAGCCAUACGAUGCAGUUUGGUUCGAAUUCGAAGAAGACAAUACGUUAAUAAAAGAUGACUUAGAAUUGGAAUCAAUGCCGAAUAUACAAGCUAUUAGAUGGUAA